AUGGCCGUCCCUAUCCACCAACCCGCCCUCCCCUCCAAAACCCACUUCCUCGCCCACAUGCUCCAGCCCUCUCUCCUCACUGAUCCCUUCCGCGGCCCCAACUGCCCCAUCUGCCACGAAGAAUACACCGCCGAUAUUCCGAAUAUCGCACCCGACGAACCCCCUGAGCAAGCACCAAGACCCAGGCCCCACAACGCCGUCCGCAUCCUGCCCUGCAACCACAUCUUCGGCGAGCCCUGCCUGCGGCGGUGGCUCGACAGCGAGGCGAGGCCGAAUCGGUGCAUGUUCUGCCGCGUUGAGCUGUUUGAGCCUGAGAGGGAGGUGGAAGAGGGACUGGCUGUGGAGCCGGUGGGGGAGGCCGGGGAGAGACAGGCUAGGGCUGACCCGGCAGUCCAAUUACAUGAACUGCGACGCCAGAUGGACAUACUGAGGGAUAUAGGAAACGCCGAGCAGCCAGUCGAUCGAGAGCGAGAGGCUCGAGCACCCGAUGGGCCACCACGGCCGCGGGGGCCGCCGUGGACCAUACGCCAGCUGGUGGAUCACCUACAAGGGAUGCGAGACUUGGUGGACGUGGAUGAGGACCGGCGGCUCGUCGAGCAGGCGCUUGAGCGGCAGCGGGAGGCGUUGGGGCAGCCGCCGCUGGGGUUUGGUGAGCAGCUGGAGCAGCGGGGAGAGAUUAGGGAGAUCCUGCGUGAGCGAUUGGGGGAGCGGAGAGAGAUUGGGAGGGUUGUGCCGGGACUCGACCGUGAGGGAGGGGGUUUGCAGGUCGAGCAGCGGCAGGAUCGCGCCAAUGAGGGGCUGCAGGGGCGCAUACGCGGACUGCUGGAUCAACUGAUGGAGCUGCGAGAGGCGAUGGAUGGGGAAGAGGAGAGGCUGAUGAUAGAGCAUGGGCUUGCUAGGCUGAGGGGGCGACAGCGACAGGAGGUGAGAGACUUAAGGGACGCGGAAGCGAAUAGGCAGCGCUUAGAACAGGAUCUUGAUCGGGAGCGGCAGGUUCUAGGACAGCAGCAACAGCAAUUGGAUCAUGCCAAUGAGCGGUUGGCGGAGUUGAGAGAGAUUAGAGAGAUUAUACAGGGGCUAAGGCGGAUGCAGGAGGGUAUGGUGGCGCCGGAUUCGCAGGGUUGGGACCAGACGCGGCUGAGGAUGUAUGAGACUCUGUUUGCUUUGUGGGUGGCGGCUAUGUCCUUGAUUGUGGCGCUGGGUUUGGAAAAUGUGGUGAUGUGGGUAGAUGUAGCUUUGAGGGAUUGGGGAAUGUGGCUCAUAGCUGUUGCGAGUGCCUUGGAUCUUCAAAUAUCUAAACUUAGAUCGUACUCGGAUCAUGCAAAAAUCCGAUUAGAGGAAGUAGCCAACAGUCCAAGGGACAAAGCUAACUUGGCUACGACUCCCGAGCGAAACCUUCUCUCCUCACCGACAAUUUCCAAUCAGCUCAUUUCUGACACCUCGUCUUUUACUUGA